CCUCCCAUGUGAGCGCGCUGUCCCCUGUGGGAUGCGGUAGGCGAUGCCCAGCUCCACUGCAAUGGCAAUUGGAGCCCUCUCCAGUUCGCUCCUCGUGACCUGCUGCCUCAUGGUUGCCCUCUGUAGCUCCACCAUCCCCGUGCAGAAGCUGGCGAAGGCUCAAGAAAAGCAGGAGAUAAAAGCGAGCCAGGAAAAGAGGGAUCACACAUCUACAAGGGAUGGUCAGGCGGGCACCGGGAAGAUGAACGAGAUCGGCAGGAGCGGCAGGGAGGAGGGCACCAGAAACUGGAAGAGCAAAGGAAGCAGGAGCUACUCCAACAAGGAGUCUUGGACUAAGCAAAAGCAGGCUUGGAAUAGCCAGGGCACCAGCAGCAAGUUGGCGAGCCUGCAAGCGCAGGAGCCGAGGGCCGAUGCCGCCGCCGAGGAUCUGCGGGCAGGCGAAGAGGCCGCGCUGCCCGAGGCCGUGGCCAGCGUGACCCCCGAGCCGCCGGAGGAGUACGCGUACCCCGACUACCGCGGCAAGGGCUGCGUGGACGAGAGCGGCUUCGUGUACGCCAUCGGCGAGAAGUUCGCGCCGGGGCCCUCGGCCUGCCCCUGCAUGUGCACGGAAGAGGGGCCGCUGUGCAUGCAGCCCGAGUGCCCCCGGCUGCACCCACGCUGCGUCCACGUGGACACCACGCAGUGCUGCCCCCAGUGCAAGGAGAGGAAGAACUACUGCGACUUCCGCGGGAAAACCUACCAGACCCUGGAGGAGUUCAUGGUUUCUCCCUGUGAGAAAUGCCGCUGUGAAGCCAAUGGCGAAGUGCUGUGCACGGUGUCUGCUUGUCCCCAGACUGAGUGUGUGGAUCCAGUUUAUGAACCUGAUCAGUGCUGUCCCAUCUGCAAAAACGGCCCGAACUGCUUUGCAGAAACCCUUGUCAUUCCAGCAGGCCGAGAGGUGAAAACUGAUGAAUGCACUAUAUGUCACUGCACUUAUGAAGAAGGCACGUGGAGAAUUGAGCGGCAAGCUAUGUGCACUAGACAUGAAUGCAAACAAAUAUAAGCAAUCUACAAAUCAAAGUACUUUGGGAUUCUUUUUAUAAAGUAUUUCACAGCGGUGAGCACCCUUGAUGGCCCAGGGAAAUCUGAACAUGAAGAUUUUGGUGAGGAGCAGAGAAUAAUAUAUUGGUAUUUUGCUUUUCAUAGUAACAUAAUACUGCAAAGCAAAGACAUGCAUAUAUUUAAAAAAGUUUGGACAUAAAGAAUACCUGUCUUAAUAAAUGUGUUUUAUUUUCACAGUGAGUACACUAAAUGCACUCUAUCAAAUAUUCUAUGUAUUUCUAUAAUACCAUUAUAGAGCUUAAAAAUAAAUGUUUUAUAUGGACAAUACAGAUUAAAUUAUG